UUAGUAUCCAUGUGUACCCUCUCCAAGAUGGUCUGAUCCGCUACAUUUUAGUUUCAGGCCCAAUUCUUAUAAGCCUAAUCUUGUCAAAUGGAUAUCAGCCCAAAAGAACGCCACAGUGUGUUUCCCUCGCUCUAUCCCUUCGCCGCUCACAGAUGCUCAAUUGAUUUUACAGUGUUCGUCAGACGACCUUUGUCACUUCUUCUUCAUUUGAGUAACUAGCCGAAAGCGAGCCAUGUCAUAUAUGCGAGGAGAUUUGCUCAGUAAAACUCGAAAGCUCGUUAAAGGGUUUGCUAAAGCCGAGCCUUUAUGGCUUAAGUCCAUGGAAAAGGCGCCACCUGCUACAUUUCCACGCGCGGAGAGUAAGCUCAAGCAGAUAAGUUUACCGGAGGAUGCAUACGUGAAUGAGUUUUUCCAAAAGCAUCCGCAUUCUAGGUUUCAAGAUGCUAUCAAGAUAUCCGGUUUUGAUCCACCUGCAGCCCGUAUAUUCGCAUGGAGAGUGCUUGAGUUAAAGGAGCAGGGGACCAGUGAAGAGGAAGCUCUGGCAGUGGCAGAUAUGGAAUAUCGGGCCGAAAGAAAAGCCAAAAAGAAGACAUAUGCUCGUCUGAAGCAAAUUGCAAAGCUUCAGGGGAAAAGACUCCCUCCCAACCCAUAUCCAAGUGCUGUCAAGGAGAUUCAGGCUGAGGAACGGAAGUUUGUUCGUGACCGCUUCAAAAAUCCCCAGACCCUACAGAUUGUGGAGAAACUGAAAAAGGACAGGGCUCAAGAGAUGAUAAACCGAAGGGGAGGGUUUUCUGGCCAGUGAAUUGGCUGAUAUGAUCUGAAACACGGAGCUUAUAUAUUUAUUCGAGCUAAAACUUCAUUCUGAAUAAAGUCUGAAACAGCUCUGGUUGAAAUGGAACUGUUGGAAAAAUUUAGGCAUAUAUUUAUUCUAGCAUGAUGAACAUUUUUUGGUGUUGCCACCUUUACCGAGUGCUUCAGUUCGAGUUUUAUGUAGAAUGUGCUGCAUAUUUGAUGCCAAUGGCUGUAAAAGAUGCCCUGGAUGAUUUGAACAUUUUCAUUGUAUCUUGAUAUUUUUAUUUUACCCGUAUUCUUGCUCGACUGCUUGAGGAAAGGUUUGAAAUGCAGAAACUUGUACAA